AUGCUUGGAAGUGGAGGCAAGGUGACCUUGGGGAGACUAGGCAUUGUUGGCAGGCUAGGAAGUGGAGGCAGUGUGGGUUUAGGCAGGGAAGGUUGUGCGGUUGGCAAUGUGGGCUGUGGUAGUGUUGGUAUAGAAGGCAUUGGUGGCAAUGUUGGUUUAGGCAAAUUGGGUACCGCAGUCCUUCGAUGCCUCACCAUUCCCAAUGUAAAUGCCAAUCUUUCAGUAAGAUCUCACCGUUCUGCAACAAAAGAGGGAAGUGCUGGUAUUGAAGGAGAACUACGUUUCUUUGCUGGUGACUGGAGCCAAACGGCUCAUCUAAUGUUCCAGAAGAGUGGCAGCUCUCGGUUUAGCAGAUCAAGGUUGUUUAUUCUCUGUGUUCCUUGUGUUUUUCUUCACGUUUAUGACAUGAAUAGGGCUAUCAAGCAAAAGCGAGUGACCUUGGGGAUAGCAGGCAUUGUUGGCAGGAUGGGAAGUGGAGGCAGUGGAGGCCUAGGCAGUGAUGGUGGUGGGGAGAGGAACGGGAUAGAGGGGAUUGCUGUUGGGAUAGGGAUAGUGGGGAUUGUUGUUGGGAUAGGGAUAGUGGGUAUUGAAGGCAUGCUUGGAAGUGGAGGCAAGGUGACCUUGGGGAGACUAGGCAUUGUUGGCAGGCUAGGAAGUGGAGGCAGUGUGGGUUUAGGCAGGGAAGGUUGUGCGGCUGGCAAUGUAGGCUGUGGUAGUGUUGGUAUGGAAGGCAUUGGUGGCAAUGUUGGUUUCGGCAAAUUGGGUACCGCAGGUAAAGGGGGCAAUUGCAGAAGCUGA